AUGGUUUGUUCAAAUAAAAGUAAACUAGUUGCUUCACAAAAUUUAUCCAAUAAAAAAAAUAAUAAUUCAAGUGAAGAUAUUGGAAAUGUUUUAAAUAAAAAAGGAGAAAAACAUAAGUUACCUAAUAUAAAUAGCAUAAAUAAUGAUAUCAUAAAUAAUAAUGGAAAUAAUGACAUUAACAUAGAGAAAGGUUCUGAAUUAAUUAAUUCUAGUUCUUCAAGUAAUAGUGGUAAUUUUAAAAAGUUAAAAAAAGGAGCAAUAAUUGAAAUAACUUUAUAUAACUGGAUGGUUUUUAGUGGACCAGUAAAAUUAAAAGCAGCUGAAGGCAUAAAUUUAAUAGCUGCAGCAAAUGCUAGCGGAAAAUCUUCGAUUGUAUGUGCAUUAGUGUUUGGUUUAGGUUAUAAUUCUAAUAUAUUAUCUAGAAAUAAAGAAUUAAUUAAUUUUAUUAAAAAAGGAGAAAAAAAAAGCUAUAUAGAGAUAAUUUUAAAAUGUAAUGAAGAAAUCAAUAUUUGUAUUAAAAGAAUUAUGAAUAUUAUAGAUAAAAAAGUUGAGAGUUUUUGGUUUGUUAAUAAUGAAAAAGUAAAUUUUUCAAAAAUAUUAGAUAUUCAAAAAGAAUUUAAUUUAAAUUUAGACAAUUUAAUUACUUUUAUGCCUCAAGAAAAUGUUAGCAAGUUUUCUAGACUUAAUUCUGAAGAAUUAUUUGAAUACACACUUUUAGCUAUAGAUAAAAGUCUUUUAGAUAAUUAUAAUUACUUAAAAAAAUUAAUUGAAGAAAAGAAAAAUGGAGAGCAUAAAAUUGUAACUUAUGAACAUGAAAUUGCUGAAGAAGAAAAAUUAAUCAAUGAUUUAGAAAGUAAGAAAGCUAAAUUUGAAAAUUUUAAAAAUUUACUUGUAACUAUGAAAUUAUAUAGAGUAAAAAAAUAUAUUUUAUUGUUGGAUAUAAAAAAAAAGGAAUUAGAAAAUACAAGAGAAAAUGUAAAUUUAUUAAUUAAAGAAAAAGAUGAACAUUUCAAUACUUUAAAACAUUAUUUAUCUGAAUUAGAAAAAUGCCAUAAAGUUAUAAAUAAUUUAUCAUUAGAAUAUAAUAAAAAAAAAAAUAUUAUAAAAGAUUCAAUUAAUAAUUACUUAAAGCUAAAUAUAAAGCUAGAGGAGAUAGAAGAACAAAUUAUAAAAGAGGAAAAAAUUAUGGAUGACACAGUUCAAAAUGUUUAUGAAAAUAAGGAGUAUAUAAAAGAUUUAGAUAAAAAAAAAAAAAAAAUAAAAGAAGAGAUAGAACAAAUAAAACUCUUUUUUAAAGAAAAAGAGAAAUGUAGUGAUAAUAUGGAAAGUAAACGUAAAAAUUUAGAGUUACAUUUAAAGGAAUUAUCUAAUGAAAAUAAACAACUUUUAAUGAAAAAGUAUUCUUUGCAAUCAGAAUUUAAUUCUCUUACAGAAAAAUUAAAAAAAAGGCAAAAUUAUCAAAAUAUACAAGAAGAAAAAUUGUUAAAUAGUAUUGAGUUUACUUUAAGGGAAAGAAUUAUGAAUUAUAAAAAAAAUAUAAAAAAUAUUGUUCAAAAUCAUAAUUUAUUAAGUGAUAAUUUUUUACAAAAUUUAAAAAAAAAAUAUGAUGAAUCAAAAAUUACUAAUCAAAAUGAAAUAAAUUGUGAAAUAAUCGAAGAAUUAUCAAGAAAAAAUAUUAUUUAUGGCCCUAUAUGCAAAUAUAUUAAAUGUAUAAAACCAGAAUUUGAUUAUAUAUUGGAGUUUUUUUUAAAAAAAUAUUUUUAUAGUUUUCUCUUAAUUAACAAAGAAAAUAAAACUUUGUUAGAAUCUUUAUAUAAAAAAUAUAAAUUAUCAGUUAUUACUAUAUCUAAAGAGACUCAUAAAUUUUGUUAUGUUACUAAUGAAAUGAAAAAAAGGGGUGUAGAAUGUUUUCUCUAUGAAUUAUUUGAAAGUCCAGAUGUUAUAAAAAAUGGGUUAAUAAAUUUUAUACCAAUAAAUAUUGCAUUUAUUGUCAAAAAUGAUAUAUUUAAAAAUAAGAGUACUGAGGAAAUAAAUGAAUUUAACAAUUUUAUGUUAAUCGAAUUAUCUAAACAAUUAAAUGAAGAUGUUACUAGUCUUUUUUAUUUUUGUGAUAAUAAUGUACAUCGUUACAGGAUAAGCAAUUUUGAUAAAAAGAUAUAUAUAGAUAAUUCAUUUUUUAUAGAAAAGAAAUGCAAAAUUUUAUAUUAUAUUAAUAGUGAUGUCAAAAAAGAUUUAACUCAAUUAAAUGAAAAGAAAAAAGAAUGUGAAAUAGAAUUAGAAAAUUUAAAGAAAAAAUUUCUUGAAUUUGAUAAAAUAAAAAAAGAUAAAAAUGACGAAUAUAAUAGAAUUAUUUUGCAACAAAAUGAAAUAAAUAUAAAAAAAAAAAAACUUUUACUUUUACAGAAUGAAUUAAAAAGUAUAGAAGAAAAUUUGAGUUUAUAUUUAAGAGGGGAAAACAUUAUCGAUGAUAAAAAAAAUAGUAUUACCAAGAAUAUCAAUUUAUUGAACGACAAAAAAAUUAAAAUAUGUGAGCAAUAUUUUAAUAUAUUAAAAGAACAUAAUAAAUACGAUAAAGAAGUUUUUAAAAUUUUUCAUGAAUUGAAUCAAUGGAAACGUUAUUUGUCUAUUAUUAAAAAUCAAAACUUGGAGAGUGAAGAAAAACAUGAAACUUUAAAAAAUAACAUUCAAUUAGAAAAAACGAAAUUAUCAUCUUAUAUAUGUGAUAUAGGUGAGUUAGAACAAUUGAUAAAAGCACAAAAAAAAGAACUGAAAAAAGAAGAAAUUUCAUCACUUGAUGAUAUUCAUUUAUCUUUAGAAGAAAUAGAAAAAAAGUUACAAGAAUGUGUAAUUCAACAAAAAAUAUAUAGUAAUCUAGAUAAAAGCGAGGAAAAAUAUAAUAUGAUUGUUAUUUCAAUUGAGAAACAUAAAGAGACAAUAGAAAAUAAAAAAAAAGAAAUAAAUGAUUUUAAAAAACUUUUAGAAGGAUGUGACAAGCAAAUACAGUUCAUUUUACCUACUUGGUCUAAUAAUAUAAAUGAAUAUAUUAUUUUUUUAAAUUACAAUUUUCAAAAAUUUAUGAGUUUUAUAAAUCCAGAAUAUAGCGGAAAGAUUGACUUAAUAAAAAAAAAUGACAAUUAUGAAAAGUGUCAAUUAUUUAUAAAAGUAAAGUUUAAAAAAAAUUCUCCUUUUUUGCUAUUAUCUAUAUCUCAUCAAUCAGGUGGUGAGCGAUCUUUAACAACUAUGUUGUAUAUUUUAUCCAUCCAAAAACUAACCAAAAAUGGUUUUUAUGUUUUGGAUGAAUUAAAUCAAGGAUUAGAUCAUUUUAAUGAAAAAAGGAUUUUUGAAUUGUUAUCAUGCUUAUCUAAUCCAGUUUUAUAUAAAAAAUAUUUUCUACAUGAUUAUGAUUAUAAAUAUAUUCAAAUUGAUUAUUAUUCAAAGCCACAAUAUUUUAUAUUAACACCUCAAAUAAUUAAAAAUAUAUAUUUUAAGGAUAUAACAGUUCAUUAUUUAUUUAAUGGUUUUGGCAUAUUAGAUAAUCAAUUUUCAGGAUUUUAG